AUGGAAACUGGAUUGAGUCGUGCUAUCAAAGCUAGCAAUGAACUUAUAACAAAUUUGCACCGUGAUGGAUUAGAUCGCGGGUGCAUAGCGACAUUUAAUGAUUUUUUAGUAAUUAGACAGAGCUUUACUUCUUAUGCAAAAGUACUUCAUCGUUCUCUCAAUGCGUUAACAAAUGUUGCGUCUGAUGGAACUCGCCUCUAUGACAGUAUAGUUGACGUAGCAGUCGAUACUUUCCGUCGCAAAGCUGAUUCUUCUCGCCCUUGGGUCAUGAUUGUCGUGACUGAUGGAGAAGAUACUCGCAGCAGCAGGAGUGCUGAGAAGUGUGGUAAAGAUGUCUACACCAAAUUUACUAGUGUGGAUAAUAACUUCUUAUUUGUCCUCGGGGUUGGAGACGGCGUGAAUGCAGAUGAAAUGCAAAGGCCAAAGGUUAUGAAAGAAAUUGUUUGCUUUAUAACAGCUUCCAAAUGGCCAAAAAGACAUAAUGCCAACACUAGUGCUCCUGAUUUGAAUAUUUGA